CUCUACUUGCUUCAUAUCUCACCCCAGCCUUUUAUAAUUUAUCGCCAUCCUUUCUUACAGGGUUUAUCAGAGGUUCUUAUUCGAAAAGCAGCGAAAGCAAAGCAAAUGGGGUCUAUAAUGGCUGUACGUCGUGGACGGAGCCCAACACCAACUCUCACUUAUCUCUUCUCCAAGGUACGCCUUAACUCCUCUCCCUUCACUUUCGAUCGCCACUUUGAUAGAACCCAUUUUUUAUCCCUGGGCGCAAAGUCUCUUAGCACUUCCACCAUCCCAAACAACUACCAGAGAUCCCCGCCUCCUCCUCACAACCAACACCAGCAACCGCCACUGUCAUCUGAUCCCAGGGAUUUUCAUGGCCGACCAAACCCUAAUUUCAAUAACCAAGGGUCCCCUCAAAACCAGGGUUACCAUCAUCCGCAACAACAGGGCGGAGUUCCUGGUAACAAUCAAUGGAAUCCCCGGCUGAAUCAGGGCCACGGUUAUUCUCAACGAGAAAUUCCUAAUCAGUGGAAUCACCAGCAGAAUCAGAAUCAGGGUUAUUCUCAACGAGAAAGGCCUAAUCAGUGGAACCCCCAGCAUAAUCGAAGCUAUCCUCAGUACCCAAAUGCUAAUCCGAUGAAUACACAAAUGCCCAGAAGUCCAAAUCAGUGGAAUAAUCAGGAUCAAAGCCAAGGGUACCCUCAAGGUAGAAAUUAUAAUGAAAGAGCUCCACAAAGUCAAAACCCUAAUCAGUCGGGCAGUGUCAGAGGGAAUCAAGGCCAAAUGAUGGAGCAUGUACAGACUGAGCCAGCUCCUUCAUUGAUAGAUUUAACGCGGUUGUGUCAUGAGGGGAAAGUUAAAGAAGCUAUUGAAUUGAUGGGUAAAGGAGUUAAAGCUGAUGCUAAUUGUUUUUCGUCUUUGUUUGAGUUAAUUGGAAAUCCCAAAUCACUUGAGGAUGCAAAGAAAGUUCAUGAUUACUUCUUGCAAUCGACCUGUCGAGGUGACCCUAGAUUGAACAAUAAAGUGAUUGAAAUGUAUGCAAAAUGUGCUAGCAUGACUGAUGCACGAAGAGUUUUUGAUCACAUGCCUGAUAGGAAUAUGGAUACUUGGCAUUUGAUGAUUAAUGGGUAUGCAGACAAUGGCUUGGGAGAUGAUGGGUUGCAGUUGUUUGAGCAGAUGAGAAAUUUUGGAUUGAAACCGACUGAACAGACUUUCCUUGCAGUUCUUUCAGCUUGUGGUACUGCAGAAGCUAUAGAAGAAGGGUUUUUACAUUUUCAAUCAAUGGAGAGUGAGUAUGGGAUUUCUCCGGGGGUCGAGCAUUAUAUGGGCCUUAUGGGUGUUCUUGGAAAAUCUGGUCAUCUUUAUGAAGCUAAAGAUUAUAUUGAGAAAAAGCUGCCUUUCGAGCCAACUGUUGAAGUUUGGGAGGCAUUGAGGAAUUAUGCUCGAAUUCAUGGAGAUGUUGAUCUUGAAGAUUAUGUUGAGGAGUUGAUUGUUGAUCUUGACCCAUCAAAGGUUGAUGCUAAUAAAAUCCCCACGCCACCACCAAAGAAACGUACUGCAAUCAGCAUGCUUGAUGGAAAGAACAGAAUUGGUGAAUUUCGUAAUCCGACCCUUUACAAGGAUGAUGAGAAACUGAAAGCCUUGAAAGCGAUGAAAGAAGGAAGUUAUGUGCCUGACACAAGAUAUGUUCUUCAUGACAUUGACCAAGAGGCAAAAGAGCAAGCACUUCUGUACCAUAGUGAGCGAUUGGCAAUUGCGUUUGGUCUAAUCAGUACCCCAGCUAGGCAAACUCUUAGGAUCAUCAAGAACCUCCGUGUAUGUGGUGAUUGUCACAAUGCCAUCAAGAUCAUAUCAAGGAUUGUUGGGAGGGAAUUGAUUAUUAGAGACAACAAGCGUUUCCAUCAUUUCAAAGAUGGCUUAUGUUCUUGUGGUGAUUACUGGUGAAAGACCUCACAUCAUUGCAAGGAUGGCUUAUUAGAGAGAUCACAUGCUCUUCCAUCAUUUCAAGGAUGGCUUAUAUUCUUGCAGUGAUUACCAGUAAAAGGCCUCACAUCAGUUUUGUGAAUUCUUUCUAUUUAGAUUUUGAUAUAUAAUGUUUUAGAGUUUUAGGGAAUAUGCAUUGCUGUGAAUGGGACUGUUGUUGACUCGCUGCAUGUGUUUUCAAGUGAAUGGCUCAUUAUUGGGCAAUAUGUAUACGUUUCUGCUUGUUCUGAUGCUUAAUUAGUAGUAUUUUACUAAGUUUUUAGUGUCUGCUCUUCUACAUAGCCUUUUUUUCCCUGAA